AUGAAUAAAUAGGAUUGCACCAGCUAAUUAUAAGAAUUAAAUUCUUUAUUGAAGAGAAAUCACUAGAAUGUGUUAUCAUACUAAGCAGGAGCAUUGAUUUCAUCUAAAAUGAUUAAUUACUUUUAUGAUGGGAAUAAUGGGGAUUGUUUAAGAGAUGAAAUUUAUAAAAUACUGCCAUACGGGUCGUUCUAUACUGGUUGUCAAUUAGGUUAAUACAUAUCCAUCAGACUACUCUAAAGGUAUUUAUUGAAUACAUUAAAACUUUGGUUUUGGGAAUUUGGCUAUCUCUAUAAUGAAGGCAUAAGAUAUUAUAACAUAAUUGUUUAGGCUAAAUUAGAUCAAAGGAAAAAAUCAAAUUUACUAGAGCAACACAUAAAACCCAGCAAUAGGUCUAAUGACAAUAGAGUUUCCAGAUUAGUUUGUUGA